AUGAGCAAGAAGGAAAGUAAGAGAGUUUCUUGCGUGGUGGUAGAGGUGGUGGUGGUGAGUCUAAUUGUUCAUACAAGAGCUGGUGUUGAAGAUGGUGAUGGUGGUGUCCAUAGAAGGCUUGUGGCUGUUCUUUUUCAACCGUGUCCUGGUCAUCUUCAUCUUCUCCUUCCUCUUCUACAUGUCUUGAAGCUCGAACUUGGUUCUGGUUCUGAAGAUGUUGAAGAUGAUGAUGAUGAUGAUGAAUGCUCUGAGGAUCCAGACUCAGACCCUUGUUGUGCUUGUCCUGUUCCAGCUUUCGAUUGA